UCCAGCUCUAGACAAUGAGAACAGUAAAAUUACAAGUUUGUAAAUGAAGAGAUUGUUUCUGAAUUUAUGUCAAAUAAAAUUGAGGCCAAACAAAGUCUAAAGCGAAUAUCAAUCAUGUCAAAUCCCGGGCUUACAUAUCCUUCUACUCGUAAAGACAUGACUAUUGAAGAUGAUUUUCAUGGUACUAAAGUUAAGGACAUGUAUCGUUGGCUUGAGAAUCCGGACUCGGUUGAAACUCAACAAUAUAUUAAUGCGCAAAAUAACAUAAGCAGACCAUUUAUCGAAAAUUGUGACGAAUGGAAGAAAGUAAAUAGGAAGCUGACAAAGUUGUGGAACUAUCCAAAGUAUGGAUGUCCUAUGAAAUACGGAAAUUAUUACUACUACUUUAUGAAUACUGGCCUACAAAACCAAAGCGUUAUGUAUCAGCAAAAAACUUUGCGUGGCGAAAGUAGAGUGUUUCUCGAUCCAAACGAACUGUCAAUUGAUGGCACAAUCGCAUUAUCCCAAAAAUCCUUUUCUGAUGACGGUGAAUACAUGGCAUAUGGACUUAGUGAAAACGGAUCUGAUUGGAUUAAAAUCCGGAUUAGAAAAACCAAAACCGGUGACGAUUUCGAAGAAGUGCUAGACAACGUCAAAUUUUCUGAAAUAUCUUGGACAAAGGACAACAAAGGAUUUUUUUAUGGGAGAUACCCCAGUCAAUGUGGAAAAACUGAUGGUUCUGAGACCAAGCAAAACGAGAAUCAAAAAUUGUAUUAUCACAAAGUAAACGAGUCACAAGAUAAAGAUACUCUGGUUAUAGAGUUUCCUGAAGAACCGUCGUGGCGAAUCCAGUCUGUAGUAUCUGAUUGUGGCAAUUAUUUAAUUAUGGCUAUUGUAAAGGACUGUCGAGAUAACAUUGUAUACUACGCUGAUUUAAAACCGGAAGUGGAGAUAACAUCAAAACUAACUGCCAAAACAAUUGUUGGGAAAUUUGAAUCCGAUUACAAUUAUAUUACAAAUGAAGGAACGACAAUUUAUUUUCGUACAAAUAAAAAUGCCCCAAACUAUCGCGUCAUAGCUAUCGACUUAAAAAACCCAGAUGAAACAAACUGGAAAACCGUAGUAAAGGAACAUGAAAAAGAUGUUUUGGAUUGGGCCAAGUGCGUUCAUAAAGACAAAUUGCUUUUGUGUUACAUAAGAGACGUAAAAAGCAUCUUGCAAGCUAACUUACUUCAAACGGGGGAGCUAUUUUGCUCAUUUGACUUGGAUAUUGGAACCAUCGUUGGAACUUCUGGAAAAAAAAAGCAUUCUGAAUUUUUUUACAAUUUUGCCUCAUUUUUGAGCCCGGGAACAAUUUACCAUUACGACUUUAAUAACCCUGAUCGUCAGCCAGAUGUAUUUCGAGAAAUAAAAAUAAACUUAAAUGGAUUUAAUCGAGAAGACUAUAAAGUUGAACAAAUAUUUUAUACCAGUAAGGAUGGUACUAAAAUUCCUAUGUUUAUAAUUCGUAAGAAGAGAGAUGUUACUCCACGACCCUGCUUGCUUUAUGGGUAUGGAGGCUUCAAUAUUAGUAUGCUACCCUCUUUUGGUAUCACAGGACUUAUGUUUGUCGACAUGUUUGAUGGAGUAUUGGCUUACCCGAACUUACGCGGAGGUGGCGAAUAUGGAGAAAAAUGGCAUAAUGCUGGACGAUUGUUGAACAAACAAAAUGUGUUUGAUGAUUUUCAGGCUGCUGCUGAAUAUUUAAUAGACAAUAAAUAUACCACUAAAGACCGACUGGCUAUACAAGGAGGCUCUAACGGUGGUCUUCUGGUUGGUUCUUGCAUUAAUCAGUGUCCGAAUUUGUUUGGAGCAGCUGUAGCGCAAGUUGGGGCCUAGCAUUCAACGCGAUCUCUCCGACAUAGUCAAGAUGUUUCGGCAGAUUUGGGUGAACAACAAACACCGCGACUUCCAGAGAAUUGUCUGGAGAGAAAGGCCAUCGGAUCCAAUCAAACACUAUCAACUAUGCACCGUCACUUAUGGCACCUCAUGUGCACCAUUCCUGGCUGUUAGGGUAUUAGAGCAACUGGCUACUGAUCAUCAACAGGAAUUCCCGAAUGCUGCAAAAAUCUUACAAGAGGAUUUUUAUGUCGACGAUGUGCUCACUGGGUCAAACAGUGAGGAGGAACUGAGACAAAAUCAAAAGGAACUUAUUCAACUUAUGUCCUGUGCUAGUUUGGAGCUUGAGAAAUGGGUAUCAAACACACCUCGCAUACCAACAGAAGGAACUGAUUCUACACAAUCAUCUCCAGUGAAGGUUCUUGGACUUUACUGGCAACCUGGUCUUGAUACAUUGUCUUAUAAUGUUGGUCUAAAAGGAAAUGUCGAUUGUACAAAACAACAAGUUUUAUCGGAUGUCUCACGGAUCUUUGAUCCACUUGGGCUUUUGGCACCAAUUGUGGUCCAAUUCAAAAUACUCUUUCAACAAUUAUGGCUUCUCGAUUUGGGAUGGGAUGACAAACUCCCUAAGCAACUAGCGGACAAUUGGCUCAAGUGGCAAGCAGAUUUGGAUAUGCUACAACACAUUCAAAUACCCCGGAUGGUUGUCAACGACACCGACAACAUUGAAUUGCAUGGAUUCUCCGAUGCAUCGACGAAGGCUGUAGUGUACAGCAGAGUAAUCAACAAGGAUGGCUCGAUUUCUGCAUCGAUUAUGGUUGCGAAGUCUAGGGUGGCUCCGCUAAAGCAGCAAUCUCUGCCUCGCCUAGAGCUUUGCGCGGCACUGCUCCUAAGUCAACUCAUACGUUCGAUAAAGGCGGCACUUCGACAUCAAAAGGUCACGGUUUUUGCAUGGUGCGAUUCCACAAUCGUACUAGAUUGGCUAUCAUACGCACCCUCUCGACUAAAGACAUUUGUUGGGAACAGAACUUCGGAAAUUCUGGACACCAUUCCAAAACAUAGUUGGCGUCAUGUGGACUCCAAAUCAAAUCCAGCUGAUUGCGCAUCCAGAGGUCUCAUGGCUGUAAACCUAAAGGACUUUCAGUUAUGGUGGAAUGGCCCGUCAUGGAUACGUGACGCGGAUCAGUUUAUGGUAAGGUUAAACAACUCACAAGUCUGUUUGAAUAUUUCAGAAAAGAAUAUAGAAAAGGAAGUCAAAUCCAAUUGUCAGACUGCAUUAGUAGAGGCAACUCCUGAUCAUCCACUUGAUCAUCCUGUUCAACGAGUAUCUUCAUGGUUGACGCUCGUUCACACGGUUGGCUAUAUCCUACGCUUUCUACGGCGCACUAAGGGUCCAGUUGGGGACAAGGGCUCAAACUGUCUUACGUUUGAGGAAAUCACCGCGGCACGCAUUGCUUGCGCCACGCGCAAACCUGCUUUCAGGAUGACUAUCAAUUGCUACUCGCAAAUAAACCAUUGCGAAGUCGAUCUCAGCUGGCUAAACUCUCGCCAAUGAUCGACAAGGACGGACUACGCAGGGUUGGAGGACGCUUGCACCACUCGCAAUUGUCCACAGAGGCGAAACAUCCAGUUUUGCUACCGAAAUCUCAUCGCAUCACCAAGCUGAUACUUGAAUACGAGCACAGGGUCAACCUGCACCCUGGUGUAUCAUCACCUUUUGUUAUGGUACGUCAAAGAUUCUGGAUAUUUGGCGCAAGGAACUUGAUAAGGAAAGUCACACACGACUGUUUGGCUUAAUUUCGACAACGGCAUAAUACAUCACAACAAAGGAUGGCUGAUUUACCCAGCAUUCGUGUCACUCAGGCACUUCCAUUUGUAAACACUGGAUGUGACUAUGCUGGUCGAAUCCUUCUUAAGGAUGGAAAGGGGCGCAAACCGCGCAUUGGUAAGGGCUACAUAUGCCUGUUUGUUUGUCUGGUCACAUCGGCAAUCCAUCUGGAACUUGUAAUGGACUUGAGUACCGACUCAUUCUUGGCCGCGCUAAGACGUUUCGUCUCUUUGCGUGGCAAGUGCAACAAAAUCUAUAGCGACAACGGAACGAAUUUCAUUGGAGCUAAACGCUCUCUUGAUGAAAUGCAGAAUCUGCUGGCAUCUCAACCACAUAUCGAAAAGGUUAGGAACACUCUGGCGAAUGAUGGCAUUCAAUGGGUAUUCAUUCCACUACAUGCUCCUCAUUGGGGAGGAAAAUGGGAAUCUGCAGUCAGAUGAGUAAAGCUGCAUAUUCGCCGAGUCAUUGGGAAAUCUACUCUCACCUACGAGCAGAUGCGAACUCUGCUUGCACAAGUCAGUGCAGUGGUCAACUCACGACCCUUGUGCUACAUCUCGGACACAGAUGUCAAUUAUUUGUCGCCAGCACAUUUCCUGAUCGGUAGGCCUCUCACAACCAUACCAGAGGCAGACUUAGGCCACAUCCUCUUGGGCCGACUUGGGUACUGGCAAAGUAUCCAAUCUAUGAUGCAAGGCUUCUGGAGGCAAUGGCACCAGGAGUAUCUUACCACAUUGCAACAGCGUCCAAAGUGGACCACUACAACACCAAAUAUAUCAGUCGGAGAUGUGGUGCUUGUAAAGGAAUCGAACACCCCACCAGCUCACUGGCAUCUGGCGCUGGUUCUCUACCAGGCAAGGAUCAAUUGGUUCGAGCGGUCAGACUCAAAACCUCUUCGGGAGAAUUAACUCGGCCAAUCACAAAGGUUGCGGUAUUGCCCCGUUCAGAAACUGUGUUUCAGGGCGGGCCGGGAUUUUCAUGAACGGAUUGCGUUUAUCGAUAAGUCAGAUGUAGCUAUAAGAAUCGACACAUACAUAAGCAUUGUACACACACAUAUUUGUGCGCUGCUGCGACAGCGCUUUUUCUCUCUUGGUUUUAGUAAUAAAUUGGCACUCAACUGA